AGCUGCAUCUGCUGUGCGUCGAGGCUUGGAAAAUCACCCGUCGACCACCACCAAACAUAUUGCUUCCCACCCAAGCCCAUCCUCACCCUCAACCCGCAAAAUGUCAGACUUUGAAGAUGAGAUGGACAUUGAUGUCCCGGCAAAGUCCAAGGACGUCACCUUUUCGGCAGAGACAAAAGGGAAGAGGAGUGCGGCAAACCUGCCCGUCGAGGCCGAGGACAGCCUUCCAUGGGUCGAAAAGUACCGCCCGGUGAGCCUCGCCGACGUGUCGGGCCACCAGGACAUCCUCGCCACCAUCAACAAGUUCGUCGACAGCAACCGCCUGCCCCACCUCCUGCUCUACGGGCCCCCCGGCACCGGCAAGACGUCCACCAUCCUGGCCCUGGCCCGCCGCAUCUACGGAGCCGACAACAUGCGCCAGAUGGUCCUGGAGCUCAACGCCUCGGACGACCGCGGCAUCGACGUCGUGCGCGAGCAGAUCAAGACCUUUGCCUCGACCAAGCAGAUCUUUUCCAUGGGCCCCCGCAACACCGCCGCCGCCGCCGCCGCCGCUCCCUCCUCCUCGUCUUCAUCAGCCCCCUCGGCCGCCCGCACCGGCAGCACCAUGGCGUUGUAUAAGCUCAUUAUCCUCGACGAGGCCGACGCCAUGACCAACACGGCGCAGAUGGCGCUCCGCCGCAUCAUGGAGAAGUACACGGCCAACACGCGCUUCUGCAUCAUCGCAAACUACUCGCACAAGCUCUCGCCCGCCCUGCUCUCGCGCUGCACCCGCUUCCGCUUCAGCCCGCUCAAGGAGGCCGACAUUCGCGUCCUCGUCGACCGCGUCGUCGACGAGGAGUCGGUCAACGUCGUCCCCGAGGCCGUCGACGCCCUCGUCCGCCUCAGCCGCGGCGACAUGCGCCGCGCCCUCAACGUCCUGCAGGCCUGCCACGCCUCCAGCACCCCGCUGCGCGAGCGCGGCGCCAAAGCCCCCGGGCCGGGAGACGCGGUCGCCAGGGACGUGGUGACGGUCGAGUCCAUCUACAGCUGCAUCGCGGCGCCGCCGCCCGACGCCGUCGCCGAGAUACUCAAGACGCUGCUGGGCACGGCCGACGUGGUGCAGUGCCUCGGCACCAUAAACGCCCUCAAGGCCUCGCGCGGCCUCGCCCUCGCCGACAUCAUCACGGCCCUUUCCGAGGAGGUGGUCAAGCUCGAGGUCAAGCCCGAGGUCAUGAUCCGGUGGCUCGACGGCCUGGCGCAGAUCGAGCACAGGGUCGCCGGCGGCGCCAGCGAGACGGUCCAGACGGGCGCCGUCGUCGGCGUCAUCAGGCAGGGCGUGGAGCUGAUGGGCUGAAGAGGCGAGUAAUGUGCAGAAUGCGAUAUUGUUCUUUUUUCUUUUUUUUUCCCCUCCCCGCGCGUAAUGAUAUCAACGAGCAAAUAGACACAUUAGCAUAUUGUCCUUUGAGAAGUUCCCUCACAUAUAACAAUCUUGAUGAAGCCGG